AACGAUUUCGUGUAAGAAGAUUAAGAAUGCACCUGUCAUAUUUCCUCGCCUAAGCCCCUGAGCUGACAUAUGGAAUCCCGGCCCGCAAUAUGAAGGAGCGAGAUGGCCUCGGUCCGCGGCGCCUACGCCUGACAGAACCUAACCGCGGCCCAUGUCCAACCGUGAGUACGAUUCCGUCUAGCUAAGUAUAAGAGGUAGCUGUCCCGAUGAUGGUGCUCUCCAAACAUCGAUACUAAUACACCCUGCUCACCAUGUCCUCCAGGCACCACAUCCCUUUCCUUCGACCGAAGCCUUGCCGUGCACCUCCUACUUCGGAUUCAGUGGCUUCCGGAUCCUCGAGCUCGUCCACAGCGGUCUCAUCUCCCUCCAGGGCGUCCUCGGUCGAGACAACAGGAACCUUACCAAACAGACGACCAUCCUCUCCUUGUGCGACACUGGAUUACGACCAGGAUGAUUGUGAAGUCGUCCAAGGCCUUGAAGUCAUUUCCCAAUAUGCCCCCUCAUGUCCUUAUGAACGCUUCUAUGACAUCGUACUUGCCAUACACAACCUUCAUCGAAUUUCGCCUAUGACAACAUCCCUUUCUCUUAUUUUGCACGCUCAUAUGAUUAACACACUACCGCUCAUGGGUCUGCAGUAUCUCACGCCACGGAUUUCGCAAGCGCCAGAAAAAGGGCUGUAUCUUCUUGAACUAUACCUUGCGCCGAGUAUACUUCGCAGCUGUCAUAUUGCUAUCGAUAUUUUGGCUCAGGUCACGGAAACUCUGGUGGGAAUCGUGGGUGCAAAUCGUGUUCAGUCACCUACCGCGAAAUGUGGAUGGGUCAGCAUUGCGAGGGUCGUAGCCAACGCUGAAACAACGCUGAGGGGCCCGGGGCAUAUCAAACUCCCAGAGUCUGAUUUAUCUCCGCUGACAAUAGCCGAUACAAUACGCCAUGCCGGCGGAGGGCAUCCGAAUGUUUGGGGUUCCAGCGUGGCGAUUGCAUUUGGAGCUACAAUGUUGAGCACCUGACUCGGUUCGAAGGCAACUGGAGAAGCAUAUCUGCCGUUUGACUGCCUGACGAAGUUGUUUGUUGGUGAGAGGUUGGGAAGCUUGACUGUCGGUGAUCCGUACGCGUGGGAAAAAGUUGGUUGUCAACAGGACAGGCUGUAGAGGUGAAUGCGCUCAGCCAGUACGCGCGGGUACACCCAGAAAAAUAAACAGUGUCACCU